AUGGAAUUGUCAUUUUUUCUCUCUCUUUGCCUGCUCUUCUCAAUAUCCAUCAUUGCCCAAUCUACGGUCCCUCCAAAUUCCACAUUUAAGUAUGUCAAUGAUGGAGAAUUUGGGGAAUUCCUUACAGAAUAUGGUGCAACUUUUCGUCCACUAGAUAUAAGUGAAUCUGUUUUCCAACUUUUCUUUUACAACACCACCCCUAAUGAAUACACUCUCGCUAUACGUAUGGGUACUAGGAGGUCUGAAUCGCUAAGGCGUUAUGUUUGGGAAGCCAACCGAGGAAACCCUGUUCGUGAAAAUGCCACUCUCACAUUUGGUGAGGAUGGAAACCUUGUCUUGGCGGAUGCUGGUGGCAGGGUUGCCUGGCAAACCAACACUGCCAACAAAGGUGUUGUAGGCUUGCGGAUGUUACCGAAUGGUAAUAUGGUGCUUCAUGACUCCAAGGGCAACUUUAUCUGGCAGAGUUUUGACUCACCUACUGAUACCCUGUUGGUGGGUCAAUCUCUUCGAGUUGGAGGCGUAACAAGGCUUGUGAGUCGAGCCUCGGACGUAGAUAAAGGUCGUAUACAAUAUGUGACCCUAAAUAGCACCCCUAAUACUGAUGACAAUUUCAAUGACCUCCUUCUUGAGUUCUCUACUGGUUCUGUAACCUUGCUCUCGAGGCCCAAAUACAACAGCACAUUGUCAUUCCUUCGACUUGGGAUUGAUGGGAAUCUUAGAAUCUACACUUUCAACGAUUUGGUACGCUCGCGUUCUUGGGAAGUGACUUUCACUCUUUUCUCUAGAGAGGUAGGUAUUUGGGAGAGUGAGUGCCAAUUACCUGAGAGAUGUGGUAAGUUCGGGCUUUGUGAAGACAACCAAUUUGUUGCUUGCCCAUUGCCGAGUGGACUCAUGGGCUGGAGCAAAGGCUGUGCACCCGUGAAGCCACCUCCCUGUCGUUCUAAGAAUUUCUAUUACUAUAAACUAGAAGGUGUUGAUCAUUCCAUGAGCAAGUAUGCAAGUGGCAGUGGACCAAUGAAGGAGGAUGAUUGUGGAAAAAAAUGUUCAAGUGACUGUAAGUGUUUAGGUUAUUUUUACAACAAAGAUUCAUCCAAGUGUUUGAUUGCUUAUGAUCUCCUAACCCUCACUAAGGUUCCAAAUUCUACGCAUGUGGGUUACAUAAAGGCACCAAAGCACUAA